AUGACAACAACUAACAACAAUGACAAUCAACCAAUAGAAAAGAUAAGAAACUUUAUCAAUGGAGAGUACAGAGAUCCAAUCGAUUUAAAGUAUUUGGAUAAUUAUAAUCCUUCAAUUGGUAAAGUUUAUAGUUUAGUACCAGAUUCAAAUAAAAAGGAUAUAGAUUUGGCUGUUGAAGCUGCUAAAAAGGCAUUCCCAACAUGGAGUCGUACUACUGUCAAAGAAAGAUCGGCUGUAUUAACAAGAAUUGCAAAUUGUUUAGAAAAGAGAUUAGAAGAAUUUGUAAUUGCAGAAUCUAGAGAUCAAGGUAAACCACAACAACUUGCAAGAGGAUUGGAUAUACCAAGAUGUGUUGAUAAUUUUAGAUUCUUUGGUGGAUUGAUUCUUUAUGAAAAGGAGAAUGCCUAUAUGCAGGAUACACCAAUACGUGCCAUCAACUAUACACACAAACGUCCUGUUGGUGUGUGUGGUUUGAUCAGUCCUUGGAACUUGCCUUUAUAUCUGUUGACUUGGAAGAUUGCACCUGCCAUUGCCGUCGGUAACACUUGUGUAUGCAAGCCAAGCGAGAUUACACCCUACACUGCUUAUUUGUUGGGCCAAGUGUUGAAUGAAGCUGGUGUGCCACCAGGUGUUGUAAAUAUAGUAUUUGGAAAUGGACCAAAUGCAGGUAGUGCUUUGGUCGAACACAAAGAUGUACCAUUAAUCUCGUUUACUGGUGGCACAGUGACAGGUGAACGUAUUGCAAAGAUGGCACCACUUAAAAAGAUGUCACUCGAGUUGGGUGGCAAGAACCCAGCUGUUAUAUUUGAAGAUUGCAACUGGGAAGAGACAUUGUCCACAUCAGUUCGUUCAUCAUUCAACAAUCAAGGAGAGAUUUGUCUGUGCAACUCUAGAAUCUAUGUUCAACAGAGUAUCUAUGACCGAUUUGUCAAAGAGUUUGUUGAACGUUCUAAAAAGUGGAUUGUUGGUGACCCAACUUGUCCAAAUACAAAUAUGGGUGCGCUCGUCUCUAAAGAGCAUCUUGCAAAGAUCGAGUACUAUGUAGAGUUGGCACGUCAAGAAGGUGGAAAGAUCGAACUCGGAGGACAACGUAGCCAUGUUACUUGGGGAGACCAAUACAAGGAUGGAUACUUUUACCAACCAACCAUUAUCACUGGACUCGCCAACAAUAGUCGUGUCAUUAUGGAAGAGAUUUUCGGCCCAGUUGUCACCAUCACCCCAUUCAAAGAUGAAGCAGAGGCAGUUGAAUUGGCCAACAGUGUGCAAUACGGUCUAUCCUCUUCAGUGUGGACACAAGACAUUACACGUGCACAUCGCAUAGCCGAACAAAUUCAAAGUGGUAUUGUUUGGAUUAAUUGUUGGAUGAUCAGAGAUCUUAGAACUCCAUUUGGUGGUCAAAAACAAAGUGGUAUAGGUCGUGAAGGUGGAGAAUAUAGUAUAGAUUUCUAUACUGAAAUUAAAAAUAAUACGAUACGAUUUUAUAAUAAUAAUAAUAAUAAUAAGGUUGAUUUGAUUCUUUCCCCUUUUAAUUCAGUGCCUAUAUUUGUUGUGGGAGACCUAAACUAUCUAACAAAUGUAGGUACUGAAUUGAAAGGGGAUGGUUGUUGCCAACGACCGUGUCGUCAUCUUUAUAAAAGAAUAAGAAUGUUGGAGAAAGAGUUAUUUACAAGAGUAUUUAGUAAUGUAGUAUUAAAGAAAGAGAUCAUAUCAUUGGUGUAUUGGGUCAAUCGAAGAAGGAAUGCUGAGAGACUAUGUUACAAAUGGUCGACGAUCAUGGACAGUGCAGAGUUACUUGCAUUCUUUAAACUUGAUGAUAUAGUACUCAAGAGAAUAGAAGAGUUUGAGAGGAAUGUUAUCAAACCUGGUGGUGGUGGUGGUGGUAGUGGUAGUUUGACUGGUUCGUCGGGUAGUUCUAUGGGUAUUACAGAGAACAGUCAUAUGCUUCAGUUUGCAUGUCAAGGUGCCGCGCGAGGGGGUAACCUCGUGUUACUCCAAAGAAUAGUAAUGCUCUAUCCUGCAUCGACUAUAGCUUGGUUGGGAUCGUUUGUUGAUCAAGCAUUGAUUGGAGGUCAUAUGGAUGUUAUUCGGUAUUUCAGAGACCAUUGUCAUCCAUCUGCUAUUGCAUCGGGUGCACUCCCACCACAUCCCUACAAGACCAAUAUUGGAACGUCGUUUGAUCUAACUCAAUGUCUUCAACAAGAUGAAGAAAAGGUUUUAGAGAUCAUUACAUAUCUCUCUAAACAAGGACACAGCUUUAUAUCUGAACCAAUCAUAGCAGCUGCCAUCAAAGGUUAUCUCAAAGUAAUCCAAUUGAUCGAAUCAAAAUCACCACCAAAUAAGAUUAGAUAUGAUAAUGCAAUGGAUUUGGCAGCAGAGAAUGGUCAUUUACAUAUUGUACAAUAUUUACAUGAAAGAAAAAAGCUAUCACAAAGUGAUGGAUCGGAAACAAAAGAUAAUGUUAUUUUAUGUAAUACAGCAGCUAUGAAUAUGGCUAGCAGAGGUGGGCAUUUACAUGUAAUACAAUUCUUACAUUUCAAUAGGACUGAGGGUGCAUCUACUUCAGCGGUCGAUGAAGCUGUCAGACACGGUCACGCCAAUGUAGUGGAGUUUCUUUUGGCCAAUCGAACUGAAGGUUAUAGAGACGCAUUUCACAUACUCAUUGCCAAGGGACUCCAACACCCAUGUUUUCAAAUGAUACACAGAUAUACACCAGUCUACAACAAGCGACCUCGGUUGCUAGAGUUGGCAACUGAAAAGGGUGAUUUAGAGAUGAUCAAAUUCCUUCAUUUCAACAGACACAAAGAUCAACUUGGUGAUUCUAUCGAUCUUGCAUGUCAACAUAAUAAUAUGCAAGUACUUGAAUUUUUACAAAGUCAUAGAACUGAAAGUGCAACUAUUAAAUCAUUAAAUUGGGCAUCAAGACAUGGGAAUAUUAAAAUGUUACAACUCCUCGUCAAACAUUAUACACCCAAGAUCAAUGUGUCAAUGUACGAUGAGUAUGGAAUAUUUGUAAAAGAUGAGACACUGGUGAUGGCUGCCAUACACGGUCGAUUUGAUAUGGUUCGGUAUCUUUGGCAAGACAGAUACGACUUUGUAAAAGGUCAAAGAGCAGAAGCUAUUCUUGAAGCGUCGUUAACCUCUGCCGGGCAACACACUCACGGCUACACCGAGCACCAGAAAUCGAUCAGACCUCUCAUUGUAAAAUAUCUGUCUGAACAAGUCUUGGAUACCACUGAUGCUGACGGUGCACUCUCCUAA